GCUUGGGAGGUCAAGGUAAGGAAGACCGUAGGUAACUAUAUUUAAUUGGUAUUUGUCUUCUUUGAUUUUACCCCACCUUUCUAUAUAUACGGAAGAUGAUCCGUUUUAAUGUCAGUUUGUAAUCGAAAGUGGUUUUCUUAAGCGGUAAAUAGUGCGAAUUAAAUUUUUGUUAAUUAAAAUAUAAAAGGAACAGUAUGAUUGGACUUUGGAUAUUGUGUAUUGGAUUUGUGGGUGUUUCCAGGGCACAAAAUAAUAAUCGAAUCCUGGAGCCUCCAGUACCAACGCUAUGUGCUCAAAGAGUUAUUCAUGAAAGGACGCCAGAUGGAAAAGGGUAUUUCUUCAGUUGGAAAGACCCUAACACCAAAGGUAUUGAACAAGAUUGGUUAACUACAAGAAACUACUGUCGAAAACGCUGUAUGGAUCUCGUUUCUUUAGAAACUAGUGCCGAGAAUGAAUGGAUCAAAAGACAUAUAGUGGAUGAUAAGGUGAAAUAUAUUUGGACUUCCGGUCGCCUCUGCGACUUCAAAGGCUGCGAUCGCCAAGAUUUGCUUCCCAAUAACAUCAAUGGUUGGUUUUGGACAGCAGUUCUGCAAAAAUUAGCCCCGACUACCCAAAGAGACCAAAAUGACUGGUCCGAAUCCGGCGGUAUAGGCAAACCUCAACCGGACAACAGAGAAGCAAUACAAGGAGGCGCUCAAGAAAAUUGCCUGGCGGUCCUUAAUCAAUUCUAUAAUGACGGCGUCAAUUGGCAUGACGUUGCUUGUCAUCAUGUCAAACCGUGGGUGUGUGAAGAAAAUGAGGAUCUCUUGAAAUAUAUUAGAUAUACGAAUCCCAAUGUAUUAAUCUAAAUGCUAAAUUUGACUGAAUUUAAAAUCGUUAAAAAUAUUUCAAAUAUCGCUCAUUUGCGACAAUACCAGCGCAAUUCAAAAAUCAAUUCUCAGAUUAUUGUACCAACAUAAUUGAAAAAGUACAUUCUUUAUAAAGAAACAAGGACACUUCCGCAGUUGAUAAUUUUUUGCAUUAAACUUUAUUAACUCGAUUUGAAGUUUUUUGAGUUAUGUCGGUUUUUCUCGUAAAUGAGCGAUAUGUGGUUGAUUUAACUUUAAAUUAUUUCAUCGCUUUGACUCUUGUUAUUUUAUUUACUUAUCCUUUUUUAUCGCUAGAUUACAACACCUGUUUCAUUUUAUUGGAAAUCAAUUUACAUUAUACAAAAUGAAACAAUAAAAAAAUUGGGUAAAUUAAAAUGAUAUUAACUAAAUGGAAAAAUAAAAACUAUUUGCUAUUCGUACAAUUUGUUAUAUAAUUUAACUAAAAGUUAAAACAAAUAACAUUUACAAAUUUUAAAUUAUUAUAUAUAUCCCAUGAAACAAAAAAGAACUUUUUAUAAGACAUAUUCAAAACAAAGUUACGUAUUUAUAUUAAGAUUAUAAGUAUUUAUUAUAUUCUAUUAGUAUUAGUUCUCUGUGGUAAUAAAUUAUUUGUACAAAUGAAAUUUAAUUUGUUUUAUUACAACAUUGAAGGUUUGAUGUAACUUUAAUUUAUACCUUGCUGCAUCGUCUUAAUUUAAUGAGUUUAAGCAUAAAAUAAGAUUAAACCAAAAAAUUUAGUUGCCCUGGUUUUUAAACUAAGAUCAGUUGGUAUAACCAUAGAUUAACUUAAACGAUCAUCUGUGAUGGUUUAGGCAGUAUACAGGGUGGUCCAAUUUAUACCAUGUUUACUUAUCGAAAAAUAAAGGUACUUUGUUCAAUAAAACAUGAUCAAUUAUAUUCCAUGCCUUGUUCUUAAUGAUCAUAAAUAGUGCCCCCUUUCCUGCUUUAAGACCACGUAUUUUAAAGUCUAAAUAUUCUCAAAAGUAUUUAUAAAAAUAACUUCUCUUACCAAUCUACCAUGUCUAAGUGAAGGGCUGGCGCUAGGAGCGGAUAAGCCAGGCCCCUUCCCAGAACAGCAAUCUUAAGGUAUGUAUAGAUAAUUUCAUGAUUAGAAAAGCUAGUCAUAUAAAAAAUGUUUUUAAUAUAACAAAAGUAAAACAGGAUUACUAUCACUUCAUCAUAUAACAGCAAAUUUAGUCUCUUAUUUUUUUCCUUCUACCAUAAUUAUAUGGUAACCGAACUUUGUCUUUAUAGGAGGAUCCGUAUAAAUAGGAUUAUUCACAGUGGAAAUUGGUAAUGCAAAUGCAGCAUCUUGAAAAGGUCCUACCAUUGAUCCUCGUAUCAUCCAACCUAAGUCACCACCUGACCUAGCCUUGUCUUCACUGUAAGUUGCAGCUACUUCCGGAAACUUUUGACCGGCUUUCAGUUUUUCUAAUGCUUCUAAACAUUUGCCUUGUUUUUCACACAAUAUAUGUCUAACUUUAACAGAUGAACCACCUUUCUUUUCCUUUCC